AUGACCAGUGAAAAUGUAGAGCAAGUUGGCCCAAUGAAGGCGGUUCAGUCAAAUGCUGAGGAAGAUGAGGUUGAUGAUGUGGAGAAUGACCACGAUGACGGCGAAGACGACGGCGACGAUGAUGAUGAGGACGAUGAGGACUUUGACGUAAUAAAGAACGACAUCAUCAGCCGAGUGGACGACGACAAGGACGACUUUAUGCUGGACACGAACUACCUGAAGGAGUCUUCAUCGCGGUACCUUUUUCACCACAGCGGCAGUGAGCUGAUACUCGCCCCCUACAGCGAACUGUCCUCCAUUACCGAAGAGGACGAAGAAGAGGAGGUGGCGGCGGCGGCGAUGACGACGACUACUCCGACACCGACUCUAAAUGCCACUGCGGCAAUUGGAUUGAUUGGCGGCAAUUUGAGGUUUGACAACAAACAGCCGCCAUUUACGAGCAAUUUCCCUUCCUCGAUGGAAGUGCCCCGAUUACCAGUGACGGCUACAGCUGAUUACGACGACACCAUCUCUGCAAGCACCACCACCACCUCAAACACAACUACAACCAUCACUUGCCCGGCAAUCACCUCCAAAGAAGGAGAAGAAGAAAAAGAAGGAACGGUGGAAAGUAAUGCAGCCAUGAAUCCGGCUUCAGUUGCGCCUGAUUGGACUGCAGAGAAACAUGUGGAGAAAGGUUGUGAAGCCUCCGCUGUCAAAUUGCCGGUGGUGGCGACGACGACGACGACGACGACGUCGGCCGACUCACCGGUCAACGGUGGCAACGGUCACUGGUCACCAGAGGAACCAGUGAAGGAUGACACUGCUGUCGGCAGCCAGUCACCUCACCAGUCAAGUGGGGGUCGACUGGAGGAGCUUCAGAUGCCUGAAGAGCAUCAGCGAUCGACCAGCUCUCACAGCAGUAGCAGCAGCAGCAGCAGCAGUUCAAGCAGCAGCUCGUCGAUCAGUUCACCAAAGGUCAGCCUGAACAAUGUCUUUGACUUCCUCAACGAGGCGGCGGACGACUUUGAGUUUGUGGAGCGAAUGCUCGAGCUGACCAACGACAAGAUCGACUCCAUUGNACCGGUCAACGGUGGCAACGGUCACUGGUCACCGGAGGAACCAGUGAAGGAUGACACUGCUGUCGGCAGCCAGUCGCCUCACCAGUCAAGUGGGGGUCGACUGGAUGAGCUUCAGCUGCCUGAAGAGCAUCAGCGAUCGACCAGCUCUCACAGCAGUAGCAGCAGCAGCAGCAGCAGUUCAAGCAGCAGCUCGUCGAUCAGUUCACCAAAGGUCAGCCUGAACAAUGUCUUUGACUUCCUCAACGAGGCGGCGGACGACUUUGAGUUUGUGGAGCGAAUGCUCGAGCUGACCAACGACAAGAUCGACUCCAUUGACGACAUAAUGCGCAUUCGAGAGUCACUGCGCGGCCUGCAGCAGUCGGCCGAGCAGCGGGACAAUUUGCAGCGAUUUCUCGAUGGCAAAGAUGUGAUCGAUGAGCUGAUGGCCCUCUCCUCCUCCUCUUCCGCCUCCUCCUCCUCUGCAACCAACUCCACCGGUGGCGGCUGUUCGCCGACGCACUCCACUGCCCCCUCUCUGGCCACUAACAGCAGCGCCUCGCCGGUGCUCUCCGACGUCACAGAGAGCAGCGAUCGGCNGACGACAUAA